AUGCAAUGCCAACCCGCACAAGCUGUUGCCGCUUACUUGCGAGCUUUGAAUCUUUCACCAAACAAUGCAGUGGUUCAUGGAAAUUUGGCUUGCGUUUAUUAUGAGCAAGGACUUAUUGAUUUGGCUAUCGACACAUAUCGUCGAGCUAUCGAUCUACAGCCAAACUUUCCCGAUGCUUAUUGCAACCUUGCCAAUGCAUAUAAAGAGAAAGGUCAAGUUCAAGAUGCUGAAGAUUGUUACAACACAGCAUUACGCUUGUGUCCAAAUCAUGCUGAUUCACUUAAUAAUCUGGCAAACAUUAAACGAGAACAAGGAUACAUUGAAGAAGCAACACGUUUAUAUUUGAAAGCUUUGGAAGUGUUUCCAGAGUUUGCUGCUGCACAUAGCAACUUGGCUUCUGUUCUUCAACAACAAGGAAAGCUUAAUGAAGCUUUAAUGCAUUACAAAGAAGCAAUAAGAAUCCAACCAACGUUUGCUGAUGCUUACAGUAACAUGGGAAACACAUUAAAGGAAAUGCAAGAUGUUAAUGGCGCCAUGCAUUGCUAUUCACGCGCUAUUCAAAUCAAUCCAGCAUUCGCAGAUGCACACAGUAAUCUUGCAAGCAUUCAUAAAGAUUCAGGAAAUAUUCCAGAAGCGAUCUCAUCUUAUCGUACAGCGUUAAAGUUGAAACCUGACUUUCCUGAUGCUUAUUGUAACUUAGCUCACUGUUUGCAGAUUGUUUGCGAUUGGACAGAUUAUGAUUCGCGUAUGAAGAAGCUUGUGAAUAUUGUAGCUGAACAACUUGAGAAGAAUCGCUUACCUUCAGUUCAUCCACAUCAUUCCAUGUUGUAUCCGUUGACACAUGAAUAUCGCAAAGCAAUUGCAGCGCGUCACGCAAAUUUAUGUUUGGAAAAGAUUCAUGUUCUUCAUAAGCCACCGUUCAAAUUCUCACGUGCAAUUGAAAGUCGACUUCGAAUUGGAUAUGUAAGCAGUGAUUUCGGUAAUCACCCAACAUCACAUUUGAUGCAAUCAAUUCCGGGAUUACAUGAUUUGAAGAAUGUUGAGAUUUUCUGUUAUGCUUUAAGUGUUGAUGAUGGAACAACAUUCAGAAGUAAGAUAGCGAAAGAAGCUGAACAUUUCAUUGAUUUAUCGCAGUUACCGUGCAAUGGAAAAGCUGCUGAUAGAAUCUAUGCUGAUGGCAUUCAUAUUCUUGUGAACAUGAAUGGAUACACCAAAGGAGCACGAAAUGAAAUUUUCGCUCUUCGACCAGCACCAAUACAAGUUAUGUGGCUUGGAUAUCCAGGUACAAGUGGAGCAUCAUUCAUGGAUUACAUCGUGACAGAUGUUGUGACAUCACCUUUGGAAUUAGCCAAUCAAUAUAGCGAGAAAUUAGCUUACAUGCCACAAACUUACUUCAUUGGUGAUCACAAGCAAAUGUUCCCACAUUUGAAAGAACGUUUGAUUGUCAGCGACAAAAUUGGAGCUGGAAUUGCUGACAAUGUUGCUGUAAUUAAUGCAACAGAUUUAUCACCAUUAGUUGAACGUCACGAAGUAAAAAUUACGACAGUACGUGAGAUUGUAAGUCGAGCAUCAAAUCCCGUUGAGAUUCAAAUGAAAGUUGCUGAACUUCCGACCACAACACUAAUUGACAACAUGGUCCAAUCAGGAUUAUUGCAAACAUCACUAAACGGUGUUGUCGUUCAAAAUGGAUUACAAGCGAAUGCCAAUAAUAAAGCAGCAACAGGUGAAGAAGUUCCAAGAACGAUUGUUGUGACAACACGAGGACAAUAUGGCUUACCUGAUGAAGCGAUUGUUUAUUGUAAUUUCAAUCAACUAUAUAAGAUUGAUCCAUUGACAUUGCAAUCUUGGGUGAACAUCUUGAAGGCUGUUCCUAAUUCGAUUUUAUGGCUUUUGAAGUUUCCAGCUGUUGGUGAAACAAAUAUUCAAGCAACAGCACAAAAUCUUGGCCUCCAACCGGGACGAAUAAUAUUCUCAAAUGUGGCAGCUAAAGAAGAACACGUUAGACGAGGUCAAUUGGCAGACGUUUGUUUAGAUACGCCAUUGUGUAAUGGCCACACAACCAGCAUGGAUGUUUUAUGGACAGGAACGCCUGUAGUUACAAUGCCAAUGGAAACACUCGCCUCAAGAGUUGCCGCAUCACAAUUGACCACCCUUGGAUGUCCCGACCUCAUUGCACGCAAUCGUCAAGAGUAUCAAGAUAUUGCCAUUCGUCUAGGUACCGAUCGCGAAUAUCUUAAAGCAAUUCGAGCCAAAGUAUGGGUAGCGCGUGUUGAAAGUCCACUUUUUGACUGUAAACAGUAUGCUCAAGGACUGGAAAAACUCUUCAGACGAAUGUGGAAACGCUUUGAAGCUGGCAUGGAGCCGGAUCAUAUAUCAGCUAACGACAACAGCAUCGUGACAAAAGUGUAAUUUAGACUUCUUUUCUUUCGUUCACUUUUAUGUAAAUAUCGCACUCAUUCUUCAAAGAGCGCAUUAUGUGUAGAAAAAAGUGUUCCAGGAAUUUCAAGGAGUGCGUUCUAAACUUGGAUUAUAUGUUUUGGAUUAUAUGAUUAUGUUGAGCCCAAUCCUUUGAAAUCAAUUUUUUUUUAAUGGAAAAAGAACUUUAAAAGUAUAUUUAUCUACACCAAGAGAAAAUCGAUUAAUUAUCGAUCACACUUUUCAUUGAGACUUUCCAACCAUUAUUAAUUUUCUUCUUAAAAGUUUCUAGGAUUCAAUGCGAUAAAGUUUUCUGAGAGAAAGAAUGAAAAGUUUCUGUAAUUUGUUGAAAAGUUUAGCAAGGACGAAGAAAGAUAAUUUGUAAAUAAUUAUAGAAAGAAAGGGAGAUGUGGAUAUUUGAAAUUCUGGAAACUUUUCCUUUACCGAGAAAAAAAAUUGUCAAAGUCUUUUCCCCACACUUCUAUCUCCUGAUAAGAAUCUUAGAAUCCUCCCUUUUGAGGAUUAGGCCCCCGUUUGUCAAAUUAUUCUCUCAAUUGUUUUGUUUAUAGUAAGACACUUGAUGAAGAUAAUAAAGAUGAUGAUGUUCAAAAUG